AUGCGUAAGGUGUUUGAGAUGGAUAUUUCAAAACAGCUCCAUGCCUACGAAGUAGAGUACCACGUUCUUCAGGAUGAACUGCAGGAAAAUGUGAAUCUCUCUGAUGAAGGUGAACCCCUGGAGAAGCUGGAGAGGGCAAACAGUCAUCUGAAGAGACAAAACAUGGAUUUGUUGGAGAAGCUACAGGUUGCUCAUGCUAAAAUUCAGAGUCUGGAAUCCAGCCUGGAGACUAUUUUGACUCGAGAGAACAAAAUGAAGACUGUAAUUCAGUCCCUGGAACAGGAGAAGAUAACAUAUCAAAAGACUCUUGAGCAGAUAAUGAAGUAUUUGCCAGCAGAAGUGUUGUCUGACUGUGAACUGCUCCUGAAGGAAGUAAACUACAAUCCAAAUAAUAAAAUAAAAUAAGGACUAAGCCAUAAACCAGGGUUUUCUAGGCAGCAUUUCUUCAAAAAAGGGAAAGGAAAGACGAGUAUGCUGCUUUCAAAGGACUUAGCAAUAGGCAACGGUAUCAUCCAGAACUAGUGCUGGGACACUCAUAGCUACAGAUGGGCCUUCAAAUGUCAGUAUGCAAAUUCAGGCUGUUAAUUUUUUUAUGAUUGUGUAAAUAAAUCACAAGGGGGAAAUAAAGGAUUCUCACGUGUAAUUAUCAUAAAUAGAUGUAUAUUUAGAGUUGACCUAAAGGAAAAGAGAAAUUUCAGUAAUCAAAGUGAAGAUAAUGGUGAUUUACAAAUUCAGUCUGGAUGUGCUUUCUCUUGUAGUGAAAUGAGGAAUGCGUGUCUUUAUAUAUAAUGUAUGUUGAAUAAUACUUGAAGAAAAAAAAAGAAGAAUGUAAUUUUCCCUCCAAAGAGCAGCAUGUUUCACAUCUUCUGUGGAAAAUCUGUGUGAACUCAUGCGUGCCUCUCUUAAUUCUACUGACAUUGUGUGCACAGACCAAUAAGCAGAAUAAGUAUCAUGACUUGGUUCGUACAGAAAGAGCUCUAGUGCCAUCCGCUGCCUGGGCUGUACUGGUCAGCAAUGUAAUUCCACAUGCAUGUUGGAACUGGAAACAAAAAGCAUCAUGUCAUAGCUCCGCCUCCAUAGCUCAGAGCUAAGAAAUAGGUAUCUAUACACACCCGCAGAACUUGUAAAGACAAGAGCUAACGGUGACUGCUACUUCCUUCCCGGCCUGUUUGCUUCCACCUGUCCUGGGGUUGGUCAUGAUGACAGGAGGAAGGAAGCAAGGCUGUGGGGUGGUAUUUAUUCUGAUGUUAAUUUUCUGCAGGAGGCUUGCUGUCAUAAGAGUAUGGCAUGUAAGAAGUUCUCAUUUAACCAAAGAAAUACUACAAGAAGCCUUGUCUUAUCGUAGCGGGAGCCAGAAAGCUGUUCUUAAAUUUUAUUUGAAGAGAAAAUUGAGGCGGGUUGCAGGAAGUUGAGCAUAAAGUGCACGAGAGAGGACCAAGCAAGUUUCAAAUAUUAUGUACCUUUCAAUUCUCACAUACACAGUGGAUAUACUGGGAUUCUGAAGUACAGGUGCAGUUUUAAUAAUGCUUUCCAGGUUAUUCCUGUUUUAAUACUGCUUUGUGGUCUUCUUUUUAAAACAGAAGUUAUGAAUUUGUGUGUUCUGGGCAGAAGGUAGGUAAGCUCUGAUCAUUUCAAGGGAGAAAAUAUGUUUAUAAAGGUAUAAAAAGAUGCAUAUAGAUUUGAAAAUGUUUUUGAAUGGAGUUUUUGAGAAGACAGACAACUGUGUAAUAGACACGUAUUUUGGAGUGCAUGUCUGAACCGUUAACUGAGUGUUACAGUGGCUCAUGUUAUCUCUUACCAUUUAUACUGUAUUUCAGGAAACACUUAUUCUUUUUAGUAGGAAAAACAAAAAAGCGAAGUGCCAAAUCCAGCAGUGUCUUUAUGCAUAAGAUUGUCCGAUUUAGAAAGCAAGGACUGAAUAUCACGGCUCUUUAAGUAUUGUGCUUUAUGUUAACAUAGAAGUGAGGAACAGCAAUGCUGAUUUGCUGCACGCUGCUGUGGAACUUAGGGGCUUGGGGGUCUCCUGUUCUUUUGUUGUUGUUGUUUUUUACUUCCAUGGUGUUUUAUUUGAUUAAAGAUUGAUUUACUUAAUAGUCUUUCUUUUUACAGUUGGGGUGCAAGGUCUUAACACUGUGUAUAAAAUUAUGUGGAAUCUGUCUAGAUAUUUCAAGAACAUUGUAUUGUACUAGGUGGGAAGAUGCCAAGUGAAAAGGCAGUUCUUUGCAGUUUUGUUCAGAGCAAGUUUUAGCUGAUGUGUACAUACAAAACAUAUCCCAGGAACUGCAGUAGUGUGUAUUACAAAGAAUCAAGGUUAUUCAGAUACGUC